AUGACCUCACCUUCAGACGCAGCUUCUGUCCCGCUACCACCCGGAGAUGACACUGCCUACUUCAACACACCUCAGUCUUCGGUGCUUGCUCCCACACCCCGUACUCGCAACCGCAACGUUCACGGAUCAGAUAAUGACGAAUCUACACCGAAAACAACGCGCACGCAACUUGAAGGUGCAUAUUCAAAUAUGGAUACACCCACUCCACUAAAUAUGCUUGGCCCUCAGGAACUAGAAACACCAAGGGGAAGGCCCCAACAAAGAGGUGGGAAGUAUCAUCCUGGGCAAGCCAGCGCUGCACGACGGAGUAAGAACCUUAACUCAUCUAUCCGUCAAGACUCUCGAUCGUCGGGCCCAGAUUCAGGCUCGGAUGAGGAGGUUGACGAGGAGGUUGACGAGGAGGUGUUGGAUGAGGAUGCAGUGGACGAGGAGAUAGUGGACGAGGAGGCAGUGGGCAAGGAGGCAGUGGACAAGGAGGUGAAUGAGGAGGGGGUGGAUUCGUCAGAAGAUGACUUUGAGCAGGCUGAAUAUGCAGAUCUCGAUAAAACUGUCGCGGUAAGCUUGAACCCAAGCAGUAAUCCUCUCAAUAUGAGUACUCCUCUUCAGCGCCAAUUCCCGGGCCUGCAUUACUCAGCAAAAUCACAUACAACACCCGCUAGGAGACUCUUGGCGAACAGCAAGAACUUUUUUGGGACGCCCAGCGCGUCACUGGGCCCUUCAACAUUCAUGAAUCCUGAUAUUCUACCCUCGGCGUUUUCAGAAGACAAUAUAAACAACUUUUCUCUCUCGUCUGCAACUCCUCAUAGACUAAACACUAUUCAAGGGUCGCCUGCCGGUAUAGAAGCAUAUGGAUUGAGUGUUGAAGGCCAAUUAAGCACUCAGUUACGGGAGAAGGAAGCCAAGAUUCGGCAUUUGGAGGGUAUGCUAUCUGCCCAAACCCCUGGACAGCCGCAGGUCAACUUCGACGACUUUUUCGACUUGUCGCCCGAAAAAAAGAUAAAAUUUAAUCCACCGGCCGAAGGUACUCCAAUCACAGUCAAGAAGCGCCGCCGAUCACCGGCGAAAGAAACGCCUAAAACGGCUAGGAAGACUCGAGCAAGUUCUCGCACCGGCUCGAAAUCGCCUGUAAAGGCGUUUCUUGGCCUUUUCGAGAGCAUUACACCCAUGAGAUUGACCGCGGAGGAGAAAAAGGAGGAAAGAAGAAGAAGGGAGACUCAAGAGUUUAGGCAGUUCAGUUCCGUGGAUUUAGAAGCUUUGAAAGAAUACCUUCCACCUGUUAUAGACGAGAAAACGGAGGAUGCCAUCGAAUCGGUCCCUACAACUACCAGAAAAUCCAAAAGCCCAGCAAAAAGUCCCGCUAAGAAUUCUGCAAAGAGCCCAGCUAAAAGCCCAGCUAAAAAUUCGGCAAAAAUUAUCGAGGCUGAUACUGAAUACCCAGAGACAAUUGCUGAAGAGGUUUCUCAACCGGAAGUGACUAUACCAUCCCCUCCUCGUGGCCGAAAAUAUCGAUCCAGCUCUGCCCCACCAGCGCGAACACUCCUCGAUGCAAAAACAGAAAAGAUCCCCCCCAUUCAAAGUAGCCUUCCAGACAACAAUCCAAUUACCAGCCUCCAAGCUCGUGUUGCCCAACUGGAGGAGGAACUUGAAAAUGCAACAGUUAGCCUUCAAAGUGCCAUUGCAGCCUUGAAUGGGGAACGCCGUGCACGUAUGGCAGCAGAGGAGACGUGGUGCUUUCUCGAGAUGGAACGGAAGUUUGGUGCCUGCUGUAAAUUUGCGCAUGCCGCAGGAAAAGAAACAACUGAAGUCGCAGCAACAGUGCCGCUACCGAAAAGUCCCGUCGAAAAUAUUACAAAAGCAGUUCCAGUACCAGAUGAACUUCCUCUUGAAAACAACAGAUACGGUGCAAGCACAAGGCCGGCGAGUAGAAUGGACCGGGCACCUUCGGAGGGCAGGGCCAUCGCAAAGCCUGUGAGUAGAGUGGAUCGAGCGACAUCUGAAAGUAGGACAAUGGAUAGGCCUAGUAGUCGAAUGGCAAUCGACAGGCCAGCAAGUAGAAUGGAGCGUGGAAGAGGGGCUGGACAAUCGACCUCGACAUCAAAAAUUGGACAUAUUCAAACUGCUCCACCACAAAAUGCGGGAAAGAAACGGCCUAGAGAUGAGUCUGCGAACUCGGGGAUCUCAAUGAGGAAGGCGCCGAUUCCAAGACAACAAGCUGAGAAGAAGGUCCUCGGCGGUCUUACUGGUGCGGCGAAUGUUCCGCUUGGUGGAGGUGCAACUCAAAGUUCGGGUUUCAAGAAGCCCACACUUGGAGCAGGGGCCGUCAGGGCCCCUACGGGUGCAGCAGCAGGCACGAGGAGCGCAUUGGCCCGACAACAGGCAAGGAGAUGA